AUGUGGUGCAGACAGCACAGGCAGCGGCCCAUUGGCCUCGGUGGGGCGGUGGGGCGCAGAGGUUAUAAGCACAGAGGCAGGCAGCACGGGUCACACACUCCUGAAGGACGGCUUCUCACGCUUUGUUUCCUCUCUCCAUCUGUUGUGAUUCUAGGCUUCCGGUUGCAUUGGGGUCCCUCUGUACAGCAAGAUGUCUCUUGCCUUUUGUUAAUGCAUUGUUGUAAAGUAUUUGAUGUACAUUACAGAUUAAAGAAGAGAAGCGCGUUGUGUAUAUUACACCGAGGCCGCAGUGUUUCCUCAUCUAUGGUUCUAAAUAUUGCUUCACUCUCAAAACGUUUGGAAGAUGUAUGGAUUUCCAGUUUUUUCCUUUCCUUUCCUUUCUCUCGGUAUGUUUUAACAAAGAAAAAAAAAUGGAGAAAAAAAGGAAUAUUUAGCAGUAUUGUUCGUUCUGAUAUGUGA